AGAGCUCGUUCUUACCGGAAGGGAAGGAAGCGUCUCGAGAUAAGAGAAAUAAUUAGCCUGUUAGCUUAUACACACAUUAUUCCCAUACGAUAUUUUGGAUAUUUCGAAUGUUUGUUUUUUUAUUUUCGGAUGAAAAAAGCAAUGAGAACCAGCUCAUCCUCACCACCGCUGCAUGUGCAUGUAAGUGAAAGCACACCUGUACAUGUGCAUGUGAAGAAGGGCAUGAAGAACAGCCCUAUAAAGCCUGCAGAGGUUAAGGUGAAAGGCUGUUUACGUCCCACUGCUAAAGUUAAGACAAGAGUCCCAUGGAUUCCUCCGGGCAAAACAUCAACGCGAGAAGGAUCAUACAAGUGGGAGGGACCAAGCCAUCAAUUGGAGAUAACCCCCCUACCCGAGCCAGACGCUUCACGCUCUGCACUCCGUCUGGAAGACCUCUCCACUGAUGAGGAGGAAGCUCUGCAUGGACGCAUCAACCAGUAUGAGAGGAAGAUCGAUAGCCUGAUGACUGAGGUCAGCUCACUAAAGAACGAGGUGAAGCUGCGUAAGAAAGAACAGCAGCUAGAGCGCCAGUCUGAGAGGCUAAGUGUUUCGCAGCGUGUCAUAGCUGAGCAGGAGGAGGAGCUGGCCGAAGUCGCCAAGGAGCUAGAAUUCACAGAACGAGAGAACACACUCCUUCGGGAGUCCAUGGAGAAAAUACUGGAAGAAAACAACUAUGGCAGGUUGGAGAGAGAGAACCUGCAGCAGGAGAAGGAUGUGCUGCUCAAGAAGCUAUUGGAGGCAGAGCUUGACAGCACAGCAGCUGCCAAGCAGGCCCUGGCACUCCGAGACGCUGUUAGCCGCAUGUCAAGAACUGAGAAGCGGAUGACUGGCUCAGACUCAUUGCUGGCCCGGCAGAAGGAUCUCCUCCUGCAGAAGUUGGAAACUUUCGAGAGAACAAACCGAACACUACGCCGCCUCCUGAGAGAGCAGCAUGAGCAUGAGAUGGACUCGCUUCAAUUGCUAGAGCAGAAAGACUCUCUUCUGAAGAGGCUCACUGAAGUUGAGGCAGAAAACUCGCAUCUACAGAUGAAGUUACAGGAUAAAGAGAAAGAAGUCGCAGACUUUACCUGCCUUUUAGAGCAUGAGAAGGAACAUGUGAAGACUACAAGUGAGCUGUCCAAGUCUCUGGAAUCGACCCGAGCUCAUCUGCAGGGCCAACUCCGCAACAAGGAAGCAGAAAAUAACCGCCUGUCAGUCCAGAUUAAGAACCUGGAGCGAGCAGCUGGUCAGCAGCAGGGAGAGAUGGAGUGUGUGCAGGCUCAGAUGCGGGAGCUGAAGCAGCGCGCCGAGAUGGAUAAAGAGGCAUUGAAGAAAGCAACACGGGCACUGAAACAGAGAGCAGAGCGUAGUGAGGACACUGCAGGACAUCUCGGUGCUCAGCUGACCGAAAUGGAAGCCCGCCUGGCAGAUGCUGUUUCAACUGCAGAGAACUGGAGCAGUCGUCAUGCAAAAGAGCUGAAGGAGAAAGGCCAGCUGGAGGUGGAGAUCACACUGCUGAACAGCCGGAUCACAGAUAUGACAGAGCAGCUGCAUGUGCUUGAGGAGAAAACCAGAGCAGAGAGAGAUGGACUUCUGGACCGACUGCACAGUGUGACCACAGAGAGCACCACUGUUAGACUGGAGAACCAGAGCCUAAAGGCAACUCUGUCAGCACUGGAAGAGAAACUGUCUUUGUCCCGGUCUGAGGUCGAGCAGGUUAAAGCCUCAGUGAAGCAGUAUGAAAGCUUAGUGGAUAGCUACAAGAUUCAGCUGCAGAAGACACGUGCCGAGGCAGAUGAGUAUAGUGUGCAUGCGCAGCAGGCAGAGCGGGAGGCACGGGCUCUGAGAGAAGAGCUGGAUCAGGAGAUUGAGCAGGCCCGGAAGCAGCUGAUGGGUCGUCUGAGUGAGCUGGAGCCGUUACCUGAUGCCCUGCGCCGCGCUGAGCUCCAACUGCAUGAAGCACACGAGAAAGAACGUGUACAGGAGAGGAGGAAUGCUGAGCUUACGGCGGGUCUCGCUGAGUUACGAGUUAAGGUUGAACAGCAGGGUGUUCAGGUGGAGAAGGUACAGCAGAGGAACACACUGCUGAUGGAGGACAACAACCAGCUUAAGCACAAAGUGGAGUCCCUCGAAAGGAAGUUGGAGGAUGCCAGCUCUCAGAACGGAGAUCUUCUGCAAAUGCUAGCAAAGCGAGAGGAAACCAUCCUUCACAACCAGGUGCGUUUGGAGGAGAAGUCUCGCGAGUGCAGCACUCUAAACCGGCAGCUAGAAGAGGCACUAGAGGACGCCAGACGACAGGUGUCCAAUACAAAGGAGCGAGCUGCAUCUAAAGAGCGAGCCUCUCAGUCCAAAGUGAUUGAGCUGGAGACCCAACUGAGCCGAACCACUUCAGAGCUCAAUCAGCUGCGGCGAACCAAAGACGAGGCAGAGAGGAGGCACCAGAGCCGUCUGCAGGAUGUGAAGGAUCGUCUGGAACAGUCAGACAGCACCAACCGCAGUCUGCAGAACUACGUGCAGUUCCUCAAAGCUUCAUAUGCUAGUGUGUUUGGGGACAUGACUCUCAGCAGCAGCUCACUCAGAGCUCACUCAGCCAUCUGACAGCUGAGGUUCUGCAGCACACACACACAAACUGAGGUUCUGCAGCACACACACACACACCAGUGUGUAUUUCUUACACAGUACAGUGUGAUGAGUUUACCUUCAUCAGUUUUAUUGUGGGUAAGAACCAAAGUACCACUCAACACUAAUCUUACAAUAUUUAUAAUUAUUCUUUAUGUUUUAAAUAGAUCUCCAUAUUUGAGUCCUAGAUUAUGUCCUUAGAUGACAGUGUUUAGUCUGCAUUGGUGCUUAUAGAGCAGAAGUAAAUGUUUCUCAUAGACCUGAAAAACAUUUUCGUCAUAUAUAUAUAUAUGUAGAAUAUAUAUUCAGACAUAUAUGACUAAUAAUUAUACAGUGAUGCCUUGAGAUACGAGUGCUCUGGCAUCCGAAUUUUUUGAGAUACGAGCUGUGAUUCGACCAAAUUUUUGGCUUGAGAUACCAGCAAAUUUUUGAGAUACGAGCAUCCGAGCCGCCGCCGCCGAAACAAAGAUCCCCAACAACCACGUGUGCUCUGUUUCCCCCGCUUCAGCUUCCUGCGUCUCACUCGGUUAAAGCCGCCUUUCCACUGCACACGACAAACGACGGCCGAUAAAACGGAUGUCAUUCAUUUCCUAUGGAGAGUCGCAAAGGGGCUGCGUGAGGUGCCGACCAUCUGCGGAUCCGUAAUUUUCGGAUCCGUUAAAAAAUGUGCGACUACACCUCAUCUGAUAUGCUGACCGGACAGGUCUUUAUUAAAACGACCGGCAAAUGUUAGUGAGGAAAGAGUGACAAAAAAGGCAAAAACAAGUGAAGAGAAAAGCGAUGAAGAAAAUUAAGCAAAAUUAAUGUAAAGAAAACAGAAAUUGUAGCAAUUAGUUAAGUUAAGAGAAUUUCAGUUCUGUCAGGACCACUUUGUCAAAUGAGAAUUUAUUAGAUGAUACGCAUACAGUUAGUGUUGGCAGUAUGGUUCUGUUCUGGGCAAGAAUCCACUCGCCCGUCCGUGCGCAUGCGUGGACAGAGCGGAGAAAGCAGCGAAAAUAGAAUAAAACCCCGUAUAACAGAACCACUAAUCAUGCAUAGUAUUAGAUAUGCUCGCUUACGUGUUUUUGGAAAGUAAUAAAUGAAUGAAUUGAUAAAUAAAUAAUUAAAUAAUUAGAGAGAGAGGGAGAGAGAGAAAAAUAUGUGGAGAUUUAUGACGUAAACUGGUACAAGGAACACGGGUUCCGGCAUGGUGGAGUCGGGGUUGGAGGAGGGAGUUUAGAUCACAGCAGCAGCAAAGCGCUAGAGUGGCUCUAUGAAUGGGAAUUUAAAUGGUCGGUAAUAUGGAUGUCGUAACCGGGUUGGUGCGCGUCGUGGACAGCUGAUUAACAGCUGAUGCAGGCUUGACGACGUGGCCUGCCAGAACUGACGCGAUGCUUGAUUUAAGUUCGUUAAUUUUAGUGAGGUUUAGUUAAGUUCCAUUUAAGUGUAAAGUAGCAUUAAGAGUGUACAGUAGUGAGUAAGUGAACGAAAGCGAAAGUGUACGUACGAGACAAAACUCCUGUUUACUCCUCCCUCAACCUUCGUGCGCAUCUUCCGUAAAGUAAAACCAGUUUAUUUUUUUAACAUUCUCUUUUAUUACUGUAUGUUUUUAUACAAUAUUUGUCAUUUAUAAAUACAGCUACUGUACAUUUUUCAUAUUCAAAACACAUAAACAAAACAACUGGAGUGGAAUUUUGCGAGCUGGAACGGAUUAAUGGGAUUUCAAUUCAUUUAAACGGGAAAAUUGUUUUGAGAUACGAGCAAAGUCACGGAACGAAUUAAACUCGUAUCUCGAGGCAUCACUGUAUUACAUUUUUUUAAAAUUUAUUUCCCCCCCAUAUUUCAAAACCCCAAUUUUACUAGUCUAUAAGAUGUGUAGUUUCUUAUAAACUUUUAAAUUCUGUUAUAUUGGUCUUCUAAAGCCUUGCUGAUCAACCUUGAUAGCCAAGAUUAUGAAGUCAUUCAGGGUAGAUUUUUUCCUUCAUAUUUAUAACUAAUAUGAACUUCAACUGAGUCAAAAAAUGAUUUCGUAAUGAAACUCUCAGUUGACUUAGUAAUGCAGCAGUGUGUCCAGCACUCACAUCUUCCUCAUCUGUGUGCUCUGAGCCCUGAACACACUUUUGAUCCCUUAGAUCACUAACUAUCCUGGCUAAGUCACACUGUGUUUGCUGUCUCCCAUUUGCUGUCUUUUUUUUUGUUAAUAGCUCACAAAAACUGACAAUUGCCUCUUUUAUUAUAUAAAUUUUGUCCUAUUAAUCACCAUUGUAACUGCAAUAUACUGCAAAACUGCAACUGCAACUCCGUGUGACACACACCUGCUAACUUACUCAUGGGAAUGACCCUUAAUUGGUGUAAGAGAACAGUGCUGAGCAUAUCAUUAUAAAGUUACAAACGCUGUUUGUAGCUCAAGACCACAGUUAUCUGAGGCAAGAGAGCAAAAUUGGUUGUGCUCUCUAUUGGGACGGGACUCGGGUGCUCUCUCCCCUGUCAAUCAGGGAAAAUCUAUCUAAUCAUAGGCAUCUGUGAACUCAUGUGUAAUGAAGAUAGACGUUAGCUUUCACUGUCCCUGAACUUAAUGGUGAAUAGGAAUAUAACAAACGAUGAAAAUGCUGAUGAAAUGAUUUUAUUAAUAAUGAAAAUAUAGCAAACAACAAAUUAUCACCAGACUUAAUAAACAUAUUAGCAUUAAAUAUUUCAGUAAAACAUUGUAAAUUUGGUGCACAGUGUAAUUUUCCUUUAAUGCAACUAAGAACACUGUUCUGUAGUGUUCAUACUGAAGUUCUCAUCAACGGGUGCUAAAGAUUUUUAUUACACUGUAUUUCCUCUGUAAUAACUGUGUUUGGAGAUCUAUGUGCACUUAUAUUGCUAUAAACAGUAAUUAUUUAUCUGUUGGUCAUUAUAUCAAUAUAACUAGCUAUAGCAUGUUACUGGAUUUGUGUUUUAUACAUAUGAAAUGUUUACAUUUUUAUCAAUUCAAGUAAAGUAAAAUGUUUUAAACUGUUUAAAUGUGAGAAAUCUCUUCUAUUGCACAGCUCAGCCUUGGGCCAUGCGCCUUUCUCAUUUCAUCAAGCUGGUGGUAUUUGAUGAUGAUUCUUGUCUUUUGGGUGAGGAUACGAGCUUCCUCAUGCUCAUGACCUUCAAUGCGGUCUGUAAAACGAUCACUUUUCUCUGUAGCUUAGUCACCCUGUGGGACCGCUCACUCAGCUCCUUUUCAUAUUUCUUCACUUUCAGUUGGGCUGAAAGCAAUUUUAGUUUGUACGACUUUUCAAUCAAGUGGACUUGUUUUUCACAACCACCACAUAUUUCGUGUUCUGAAGUUUCUAGGCUUGUAGCCGAUGUUUCUUCCUAAAAUUAUCAAAAGAUAAAUGUACUAUUGUCAGAAAUAAUGUCUAGGAACAUCAUGGUAGUUGCUACAAGAUCUUUAUUGU